AUGUAUGCCAAUGUGUGUCAUCUCGUGCGCGCGUUCGCUUGUGCGUGCGUGUGCAUUCCCCCCUCAACGCACUUCCCCGAAAGCAGAGCCUUACGCCGUGGCGUGCGGACGGGAUCAUCAGCGACAACUCGCCGCCGGUGCUGCGCCUGGACCGCGCGGCGUGGGGUCGGUGGUGACCCGCGGCGACCCCUUGGCCUUCGGGCUGGAGCACGACGAAGACGACCCUCACAAGAACCCGCUGCCCUUCACCAUCGACAGCCGCACCGGCCACGUCAGCGUCAACGACUCCCUCGCCGAUUGGGUGAGUACCUUGGUUACGUACCGCGGUUAGCGUACCGGACUGUUGUGCCCAAGGUGGCAGUUUCAAACCUGAUCGAAGCGGUGGAUUUUUAG